UGCCCACGGCUGCCCUGUACGCCAAAUGCGUGGGACGGCUGGAGUUGCUCAGGCGGAGCCCCCGUUUCGUCUUUGGUCCGAAACCCUCUCCGCCGCCGCCCCAAAUCCCACCGCACGAACUCCAGCAAUGGCAGCACCCCAGAUGGCAGGAACGAAGACGGUGUCGAGGUCCGUCCUGGACACGGCCCGGGCCACGCACGCGUUCGAGAUAAUCGGGUACAGCCACCACAGGGGCCUCGGCAAUGGAAAAUCCGUCCGCUCCGCCGCCUUCGCUGCCGGCGGCUACCAUUGGUGCAUCCGCUACUACCCCGACGGAGACAACACCGAGGAUAGCAACGACCACGUCUCGGCUUUCCUCGUGUUCUUGUCCAAGGACGCCAAGGUGAGGGCAGGCUUCGAUUUGAGGCUGAUCAACCCGGUCACCACCGAUUUCAUCUACCGCGUCCAGCCAUUGGUGUUCGAUGAUGCAAACCGGACCUGGGGCCAUCGGAGGUUCAUGAAAAGGAGCGAUCUUGAAGCAUCGCCGUACUUGAGGGACGACCGCCUUCUGAUCGAGUGUGAUGUCGUUGUUCUCAAUGAACCACGGAUUGAACUGACCUUGUUGGACUUUGAGGUCCAGGUGCCACCCUCCGAUCUGUCAGAUGAUCUUGGAAAAUUGUUAGAGGCGAAGGAGGAAGCAGAUGUAAUAUUCAAGGUUAAAAAGGACGUUUUUCCUGCUCACAAGAUUGUGCUCGCGAUGCGGUCACCGGUGUUCAAGGCAGAGCUUUAUGGACCGAUGAGGGGCAACAAGACCAGACGGAAGUACAUAACUGUCGAAGAUAUGCAGCCUGCUGUUUUCAAGGCCUUGCUUCACUUUAUCUAUACUGAUUCCUUGCCCUCCAUGGAUGAGAUCAUUGGCAAUGAUAAGAAAGAACUUAUUAAGCAUUUGCUUGUGGCUGCAGACAGAUAUGCCAUGGAUAGGCUGAGGCUAAUUUGCGAAGGCAUUCUUUGCAAGAGUCUUGAUGUUGAUACUGUGGCGGCCACAUUAGGUCUGGCUGACCAACAUAAUUGCAGCAAGCUCAAAGGUGCUUGCGUUGAAUUUAUCCUCUCGUCGAACAGAAUGGAUGUCGUGGUGGAAAGCCAAGGGGUAUACAAGGGAAGAAGAAUUCAGGGAUCAAGUUGAAACUUACAGUACAAGUAAGGAUAUUGAUUGAAGAAAAUCUGCCAUGCAACUCUGCUCAUCUUCACUUCAUGCUGGUAACUGAUUAUGCUCGCGAUUUUAU